UAUUAAAAAAAAAAAAAAAAAACCUCCCACAGUUACACCCUUAUUAAAUUACUCCGUAUUAUCCAACCUUAAUUCAACCUCCACACCACCCUCUAAUAAUUUAUCAUUUUAUCCCCAUUCCCCUGGUAAUUCAUCUUCAUUGUCAAAACAAACACUUCGCUCAUCCACCCCGGCGACGGCGUUUCGACAGCGUUUCCGCUUCUCUCCGCCGUCUCCUUCCUCCUCGACCACCUCAGAAUCAAACUCCUUUCACCAGAUCCUAACCCUAGCUCCUUUCAAAUUAUCCGACGAACAUUCCUUGUGCUUAAUUUCGAUUUUAUCGGUGUAAAAAUUGAAAGUUGCAAUCUUUUGUAGAUCAUACCGUUGCAGUAUUACCCUGUGGAGAAAAAUGGCCGAUAAAUCGAAGCCGACGAUGUCAACAAUAUAUCUUUAUGUACCUAACAUAAUUGGGUACAUUAGAGUUUUGAUGAAUUGUGUCGCAUUUGCAAUAUGCUUUUCUCAUAAAGGACUUUUCUCAGUUCUGUAUUUUAUAAGCUUUGUAUGUGAUGGUAUUGAUGGCUGGUUUGCUCGCAAACUCAAUCAAGUAUCAACUUUUGGAGCUGUGUUGGACAUGGUGACAGACAGGAUCAGCACUGCUUGUUUGCUAGUCAUACUGUCUCAAAUAUAUAGACCUAGCUUGGUUUUCUUAUCAUUGCUUGCCUUAGAUAUUGCGAGCCAUUGGUUCCAAAUGUACAGUACUUUCUUGACCGGCAAGGCCAGUCAUAAAGAUGUAAAAGACAGUUCUAGCUGGCUGUUCCGAUUGUAUUAUGGAAACAGAAUGUUUAUGGCAUUCUGUUGUGUCUCAUGUGAGGUUCUGUACAUAAUCCUUUUUUACCUUGCAAAGAGUCGAACUGAAGAUGUCUUCGAUGUGUUACUGUCUUCCAGAAAACAAAGUUUGGCUCUCUUUCUUCUAGAAGUUCUAGUUCUGUUUGGAUGGGCAGUUAAGCAAACAAUCAACAUAAUACAGCUAAAAACUGCUGCAGAUGCAUGUGUUCUGCAUGACAUAAACAGAAAACAGAAGGCGUAAAUUGGUCAAAUUUUCAACUUCAUAUGCUCAGUCUCUUGGAUACUCUAAUUUGAGCGUGAUAGUGCAAAUGGCAUUGCUCACCACAUUGAAAGAAGAGCCCACUGGUAAUCAGGAAUACUCGGAUGAACUUGUUUGUGCCUCAGCUAAAAUGAUUCUUCUCACAUGGAGUGGGCCUCCCGAGAUUAACCGCGACAAAUUCUUGUGGAUAAUGAUCUUGAUCAAUUAUUAGUUUUGAGGCUAAUGUCAUCUUAUGCAAUAGAUGUUCAAUGUUCACUUUUCUGGGUUGAUGCUUUUGUUUUUACUUUGAUUGAUGGGGUGCACAUAAUAACAUUUAAUAGUUGUAGAUUUUGUUAGUACUUGGUUUCAUUUGCUUGCUCUUGUUGAGAGCUAAGAAUUUACAGCAAGUCGGCGCCUGAUGGAAACAUAUUUCUCAGAAGUGUAUACUGAUGAGGAAAGAUUUUCCAAAUGUGGAUUUAGUUGGAUCGUCGUAUUAUACCCGUGAAUGUUGUUUUGUUUGGGUCUUUGUAUUCCCUGCUCAUAUGAAUUUUGGUAUACCAUGGUCUCUCUUGCUUUUGACA